AUGGCGCAGUAUGUCGGCUGUUCGCGAUUCGCGCCGGCAACAAUUCUUUUACUGUUCGUUCCCGCUUACGUCGUCCAGCUAGCGAAUGCCGGUGCGUCAACGUCGAUACCGUUGACGACGACAGCGACGAAUGUGGUGAUUGUCGCCGAUGCCGUUCGUCACGACGGCGUUGCUCUGCCGCGCGUGGUUCAGCCCACGGUGAAUUCGGCGGCGGUCGUCUCGCGGUCGUCACUGCCGUUCGGCACCAACUCCGCCGACGAUCGCCAACUUCCUCACGUCGAGUUCCUGGGCACCGGCCUCGAUCGCGAUCUCGCGUUACGAUGGUCACUAUCGAGCCGCGACUGCCCGCGCGAUACCGCCGACACUUUGGACGCGGUGUGGACAUCGUCGGCGGGCGAUCGCGCGAUCUACCGAUUUCGGACAGUUCCGGAUGCGAAGAUUACGGCCGUCUAUUUUUGCCUGAGAGACGGUGGCGACGAAAAAUGGAGCAACCUCGGAAAUCACGUCUUUAUAAAAUAUCCCGUACGACCUGAAAAAUAUCUUCGUGCGCAACACGAUUUUCCAUUUAAUUACACUGCAGACAUACAUAUCGAAGGAUUACGAAUAGACACGGCCGACAAGGAACCCAGUCACAACGAGAAGGGUAUUCCGAAGAUUUUGGCAGGAACUAAGGCGGUAAUUCGAUUAUUCGGUACCGGCAUCACGGAGGACACCUUGAUCGCCUUCACCGACGUGCCAGCGGAAAGAGGCAGUAUAUGCGACAAAAUUAAAAGUAACGAGUUUCCGGUGGAAAAUGUUGAGGCAUCUACGGCAACCAUUCGUGUAAUACUCCCUAUGGGAUCGUCGUUUUAUAUAUGCGCAAAACGGCCGUUAUAUGAAAAGGAAGAAUUAGAUAAGGAUAUUGUAUUGUACAGACACCAAGGCACCGCGCUGUAUAACACUAUCAGCACGUAUGAAAAAUUACUACCGCUCUGGCUCGUUAUCAUGAUCAUUCUCACUUGUCUCAGUUUGUCCGCACUUUUCUCUGGUCUCAAUCUCGGUUUAAUGGCAAUCGAUAGGACUGAAUUGAAAAUACUUUGCAACACCGGUACAGAAAAAGAGAAAAGAUAUGCGAGAACUAUUCAACCAGUAAGAAAUCACGGAAAUUAUCUUUUGUGCUCAAUUCUAUUUUCCAACGUUCUUGUCAAUUCAAUAUUUACGAUAUUGUUGGACGAGUUGACAUCUGGAAUUGUUGCCGUUAUCUGCUCAACAUUAGCUAUUGUCAUUUUUGGUGAAAUUUCGCCACAGGCUAUUUGUAGCAGACACGGAUUAUGUGUCGGCGCAAAGACUAUCUAUCUGACUAAAUUGACAAUGCUAAUUACUUUCCCAUUAAGUUACCCAAUUAGCAAAUUUCUUGAUUUUAUUCUUGGCGAAGAGAUUGGAAAUGUGUAUAAUCGAGAACGCUUGAAAGAGCUGGUCAAGGUAACGACCGAAUACAACGAUUUAGAGAAAGAUGAAGUAAAUAUAAUUGCAGGAGCGUUAGAACUGCGAAAGAAGACCGUAGUGGAUGUAAUGACCAGAAUUGAAGAUGUAUACAUGUUGAAUUAUAAUGCUAUUCUAGAUUUUGAAACUGUGUCCGAGAUAAUGAAAUCAGGAUUCUCACGUAUACCAGUGUAUGAAGAUGUAAGAACGAACAUCGUAACGAUGCUAUAUAUCAAAGAUCUCGCUUUUGUUGAUCCCGACGAUAAUACACCUCUCAAGACACUUUGUCAAUUUUAUCAAAAUCCGUGUAAUUUUAUUUUUGAAGAUGUCACAUUGGACAUAAUGUUUAAACAAUUCAAGGAAGGACACAAAGGCCACAUGGCUUUUGUGCAAAGAGUUAACAACGAAGGCGAAGGUGAUCCAUUUUACGAAGUGAUCGGUUUGAUCACGUUAGAAGAUGUUAUUGAAGAAUUAAUUCAGGCUGAGAUUAUUGAUGAGACAGAUGUGUUUACGGAUAACAGAAGCAAACGUAAAAGACAGGUUCGUCCGAAAAUGCCAACGGAUUUCACCAUAUUCGCAGAGAAAAAGGAAAACCAACGAAUUCACAUUUCACCACAAUUAACGUUGGCAAUGUUUCAGUACUUGUCAACAACUGUGGAUACGUUUAAAUCCGACGUUAUAUCGGAGACAAUUCUGCGACGUUUACUGAAGCAAGAUAUUAUUUAUCACAUUAAAGUGAAAUCGCGCGAGAAAGCCAAAACUGAUCCGGCCGCGAUAAUUUAUCAGCAGGGAAAAGCGGUCGAUUACUUUGUGCUAAUUUUAGAAGGUCGCGUCGAAGUGACGGUGGGAAAAGAAAAUAUGAUGUUUGAAAGUGGCCCUUUCACGUAUUUUGGAUCACAAGCUCUUACCGCUAACAUUGGAAUCGCUGAGUCGCCUACCAACGCAAAUCCGCAGACAGUCGGAAGCAUUCAGUCUGUCAAUUUGGAUUCAAUGCUGCGUCAUACCUUUAUACCAGAUUACACGGUGCGCGCAGUGACCGAGGUAUUCUACGUAAAAGUUAAAAGAUCCCUGUACCUUGCUGCAAAACGUGCUACACUUCUCGAAAGAAGCCAAAAGGAUCCGCUGCCUAGUCAGGAACAAUUCGACGAUGAAGUGGAGAAGUUGUUGCAUUCUCUGGAGGAAGAUGAUCGCAGUGUACCUGAAUCUCCGAUAUUGCCCGCGGAUAGAAUGAUGAACAACGAAAAGGGAAAGGAUGGCGUUAUUCAUUCACCCAUACGCAGUGUAACAGCGCCAACGUCGCCGCUUCCGGUCAGCGCCAGUCCCAUCACUAAUUCGAAGUUUAUCUCGCCCCGAAAUGAUGGAAAAAUCAGAAAUUCUUCAGCGAAGGUACAAACGAGUCCAGUGGAAAAUCAAGCUAAACGCGAUUCAUUGAAUGCACUAGAUGCAGACGUUCUCAUUCGGCAGUCUGAAGUGACACGAAUGUCACCCUCUAUGAAGAAAGUGAACGACGAGGAACGAACAAAUCUCUUGCCUAAACAGGAUAAUUCUUAACGCUUGCAGAACGGUCGACAGCACUUGAUACUGUCGACGAAAUCUGUAACGUUAAGAGCAUCGAACAACACAGAGCGAAACAUGCUGGCAUGACAUAUUUUGCUACUGUGACACUAGAUACUCCAUGAAAUACUUAGGUAUUUAUCGCGAAACAGGCACCUCAUAUUUUUUGCGAUUAGCUUAGAAACUGUACCCGCUUUUCGUGAAUCAGUAAGUUUUAUAAGUAUAAAAAAAUAUAACUUCAAAUCGAUAGUUUGCAUA